AAGAUUAUUAAGGGAUUGGACACGCUAAAUGCAGCAAACAUGUUCCCAAUGUCGGGGGUCCAGAACCAGCCAUGAGUUGUGAAUUUGUUUAGGAAGGCACUGCAGAUGUUGGUUUAUGCCCAUGAUAUGCUCAGAAUGCUGCAGUAACUCAAAGGGUCAGGCAGCAUCUCUGGGGAAAAAGAAUAAGUGACGUUUUGGUUGGAACCCUAUCCAGUAGGUCCAUUUUAAAUGUGACCCAGACCUCUCAUGAUGUUCUAUUUCUGAAUGACUCCAUUCAACCCCCAUUACAUGACACUAACUGAGGUACAAUGCCAACACCAGCACUUGUGAAUCCCAACCUCCAACCUCCAAAUUAUUAUUCCGAUGCAGGGAUCAAGUAAGACUUGCUUCUACUCCAGUUUAGUGGGAUAUGUGAUAGCGGCUUGGCCAAGAGUAUGUAGUCUAAAGAAGGGUCUCAACCCGAAACGUCGCUAAUUCCUUAGAUGCUGCCUCUCCAUAGAUGCUGCCUCACACACUGAGUUACUCCAGCAUUUUGUGCAUGUAGACUCUUCCGUGCAAGAGGCAGGGAGAUGGGUAGUUAAUGAGAGAGUACACUCCUUCCUCUGGUUACAGAGGACCUCUGUCCACUGCAGAGGCAUGGGCGCAUGGUUCUCAAUGCCAAAUAAGGACACAAAGCGUUGGAAUAGCUCAGCUGGUCAGGUAGUAUCUCUGGAGACCAUGGCUAGGUGACAUUUCGGAUCGGUACCCUUCUUCAGAAACGCCACCUAUCCGAGUUCUCCAGAGGUGCAGCCUGAUCCACCGAGUUACUCCAGCACUUUGUGACUUUUUUUUUAAACUGGCAUCUGCGGAUUCUUUGUUUCUCACAACAUUUAUGGCUGCAAUCUUUUAUUCCCCCAGCUUGGAAAUUAUUACACAAGAUCAGAUCCUUGAAGGAACGAGACCAAGUCAACGCAGGUGUUGGUCGGGGAUGGGCAACAUUUGGAACACACUUGCUGAUGAGGAUACCAAAUCCUCUCUGUGUGAUGUAAUUGGGAUUGAAUCUGACCCAGAAGAUCUGAUAUCCUUCUGUGCCCAUCCUGGAUGGAGAACACAUCACCGAAAAUAUCUGAUUCCUUUAAUAGCUGAAGUCAAAAAGUUGCUACGUCCAAGCUAUGAACAAUUUACAGCCAUGGGAAAUGUUGCCCAGGUUUCCAGUCCGACAACUCGGGGUUCUAAAGGAUCGAUGCCUUUAAAACAAUGGGUAAUAUCCACGAAAAACCCGAGGAUUAAAUUGCCAUCCGUGGUUACCAACAGAAAUAAUGAUUUGCUUCAACCCAGCACUUUGAAUGUGUAUAAACAUCUCAAGUUCCUUCAUGGGUGUUUUACCAGAGAGAAAUUAUGCACUACUGCAAAAAGGCUUAAGGAAAGACUAAUGAACAACCACAGGUCAAACAUCACUGCAAAUAUUUCAGCCACUGCCACAAAGUACCCUGAAGCAGCAAUCUUUAUCCAUGCCAAUGAUGGGCCAACUAAGGCUUCUGCUAGGAACGAAGAUGUGAGCCAUUCAGCCCCUCGUCCCUCUACUAGAAACUACUCGGUGAGUUCCACUAGAUGUCACCGGACUCCUGCCAUCGAGAACGCUGAUGGGUCUUGGAUAACUUUAGCGAGGAAACCCAAGUUAAACAGCAUCGGAAAAGUGUCGGCAACCAUCGCUAGGAACCCUUGGGGAAUCAUCUCAAGAAACUCUGUGCUAACGUCUACUCAGAAGGCAAGACCAACCAACCAAAAUCCUUCGAUGGUGUCCAGCGAAAAGCCAAGAACGACUGCUGGUCACAACUUGUUGUUAAUUGCCACUAAAAACCCCAACAUUUUCCUCAUUAAAAACUCGGCAAACAGAAACCCAAAUAACAUCAUCAGGAACACUUGCACUGUCACCACUCAAAACCCCAACGUGACCACAGUUCAGAAACUCAACCGGAGAUGCAGUGGAAGCAUCGCCUGGACCUCUCGUCCACCGUCCAAGAUGGCCGCAGCUCAAUAUCCUCCUCGGAACACCGCACGUAAACGCGGAGGGGUCCUUCUUCAACGUUCCAAUUGGAUCAGCAUGAAAAAUCACAGCGGGAGCAUUGUUCGAGGCCCCGGUGGAGAAGUGAAUAACAUCACCAGCGCAAAUACCAACAAAAUCAUCAUUCAAAGAGCCACGGUGCACGUAAUCAGAAAACGUGGCAGGAUGGCCACUCAAAAAUCUGCAAUCACCACCAUUAGAAAUGUCAACAUCAUCAAUAUUAAUGAUGCCUGUUUGACCCUCGGUUAGAAGACAAAGAAAAUUCAACAUCCUACGUUUGGUAGAUUGCGUGUGAUUGAUUUGUCCUUUUACCAUCUGGACGCCCACAGCGGUAACAUAGAAACAUAGAAACAUAGAAAUUAGGUGCAGGAGUAGACCAUUCGGCCCUUCGAGCCUGCACCGCCAUUUAAUAUGAUCAUGGCUGAUCAUCCAACUCAGUAUCCCGUACCUGCCUUUUCUCCAUACCCUCUGAUCCCCUUGGCCACAAGGGCCACAUCUAACUCCCUCUUAAAUAUAGCCAAUGAACUGGCCUCAACUACCCUCUGUGGCAGAGAGUUCCAGAGACACACCACUCUCUGUGUGAAAAAAGUUCUCCUCAUCUCGGUUUUAAAGGAUUUCCCCCUUAUCCUUAAGCUGUGACCCCUUGUCCUGGACUUCCCCAACAUCGGAAACAAUCUUCCUGCAUCUAGCCUGUCCAACCCCUUAAGAAUUUUGUAAGUUUCUAUAAGAUCCCCUCUCAAUCUCCUAAACUCUAGAGAGUAUAAACCAAGUCUAUCCAGUCUUUCUUCAUAAGACAGUCCUGACAUCCCAGGAAUCAGUCUGGUGAACCUUCUCUGCACUCCCUCUAUGGCAAUAAUGUCCUUCCUCAGAUUUGGAGACCAAAACUGCACGCAAUACUCCAGGUGUGGUCUCACCAAGACCCUAUACAACUGCAGUAGAACCUCCCUGCUCCUAUACUCGAAUCCUCUUGCUAUGAAAGCCAACAUGCCAUUCGCUUUCUUUACUGCCUGCUGCACCUGCAUGCCUACCUUCAAUGACUGGUGUACCAUGACACCCAGGUCUCGCUGCAUCUCCCUCUUUCCCAACAUCUGAGGUUCCCGACCACGGGGGGAAAAUGGAGGAGGACUGGCCAAUUUUUGUGCCUUCCACCACAGUGAUGAAUGCUGUGGUGGAUGUUUGUGUUAAAUUUUUAUUGUGUAUUGUGUGUUCUUUACCAUUGUACCGCUGCUGACAAAUUCAUUUCACUUGCACAUUAUGUGCAAUGUG